GGAAAAUGGCUCACAGUGCUGACCUCUUGGAUUGCUCCAUUUGUCUACAGUUACUGGAUCAGCCUGUGACUACAGCCUGUGGACACAGCUACUGCAUGGAAUGUAUAAACACUUUCUGGGAUUCGGGACCUAACACUGAAGGAACAUACAGCUGCCCUCAGUGCCGGACAACCUUUAGCCCAAAGCCUGUUCUCCAGAGGAACACAGUCUUGGCUAACCUGUUGGAUGAGCACAAGAAGAAGAGCAAACAAAGUGCUGCAGCUGACCCACGGGAUGCUUUAUCACCUGGGGAUGUACCAUGUGAUUCUUGCUCUGAGAUUAAAAGGAAAGCUCAAAUGUAUUGCCUCAUGUGUUUAGCCUCUUUCUGUGAGACACAUCUGCAGCCUCAUCUCCAGGUACCUGUUCUGAUGAAGCACAAAUUGAUCCAGGCCUCUGCAAGAAUCAAAGAAAGCAUCUGCUCUCGUCAUGACAGACGAUUUGAAAUUUACUGUCGCACGGAUGAGCAGCUGUUGUGUCCACUUUGUGUGGUGCAGCACAAGAAUCAUGACAUUGUGGAAGUCACAACAGAAGUUAACUGGAAGCAGGAGCAACUGAAAAAGACCAGAGACGAGAUAGCAACUAGAACUCUUUUUUGCCAGCAUGAAAUAGGACAGCUGAAGCAAGCAGCUAAAUCUAUUCAAGAUGCUUUUUGGGAGGUGAGCGAUAACUUUGAGCAGCAGUGCACCGAACAUAUUCGUUUGUAUGUCCACUAUCUGGAGAGGAAAUGUGUCGAAGUAAGAGAAGAAGUUAAAGCGGUAGAGAAAACUGGAGUGGAUUGGACUGUAAAUCACAUUGGACAACUGGAACGUGAAGUCCACAAACUGAAGGGAAUUGGCCAUAAUCUCCGUCAACUUGCACAAACAGAUGAACCCAUUCAAUUUCUUCAGGAUUUUCAGGCCCUGGGUGGCCUCCCUGUGAUUUCAUGUGCCAAUAAAGGACCAGUGUCUCUGGCAGAGUUUGUUUCUGCAAAAAAGGACCAAAUGAAACGCAUGUGUGACAAGGAGAAUGCCCAGUUAUUUGGACAUUUAAAAGAUAACACAAUAAUGAGUGUUCCCAGGAGGCCUUAUAUUGGUUUAAGAUCAAGACAAGACAUGUUGUGCAUGCGUCAAUAUCUUGCCCCUGAGCUGGAUCCUAACACAGUGCAUGCAUGUCUCUACAUGACAAACACCAAGAGAGAACUAUCGUGGGGAAUAACAGGCCAAGCUCAUCCUGAUCACCCAGACAGAUUCACUACGUUUUACCAAUCGAUGUGCAAAAAAGGCCUUAAAGGAAACCACUACUGGGAGGUGGAGUGGGACGGUGGCGUCAUCGAGGUUGCUGUGUCAUAUAAAGGCAUCCAAAGGAAAGGAAAUGACAACGGCUGCUGCUUUGGCCACAACAAGCUGUCUUGGAAAAUUAUCUGCUAUCCUUCCAGUUGUACUUUUUGGCACAACAAUCUUCACAAAAGUCUUAUUCCUCCAGCUCAGUCUCGCAGAGUCGGAGUUCACCUCCAGUAUGCUGAAGGAAAACUGAGCUUCUACAGCGUUUCAUCCUCUGGUAGCCUCAGCCUGUUGCACCAAGUCCAGACAACCUUUACUGAACCGCUAUACCCUGGAUUUACAGUAGAUUUAGGGGCAUUUCUCAAAAUAUGCACCCUCUAAACAUUUUUUUUUUUUACUGUUUUCUGUUUUUUACAGAGAACUAUCUUGGGAAAAUGGUAUUCAACUAUUCCCUCCAGUUAGAUAAACAGAGAUUGAUGGAUUUCAUUCAGUCUGUCCAGUCAGAACAGGCCAUGGUAUUCAGGCCUGUUCUGACUGGACAGAGAUUUUUCUCCCCAAUUAACCCAGCAGAAAAGCUGUGAGGGUCUCCACACCUCUCUACCCAAAGCAAAAAGACAGACAGAUUGGAGAAAGAGUCUAAAUGUUUUGAGAACUGCUUCACAUUAUGGCCAUACCCUCCAUGUUGUGGUCUUGGAGCUCUUAGGCCCAAUGAAUAAA